AUGAAAGACCAUAGUAUUAGGAUGAUUUCCUUAAAUAUAAGAUCGCUAAGUGACAAACUCACAAUUCUUAGGCAAACUAUAAACGAUCAACGAUACGACAUCCUCCUUCUACAAGAAACUCACUUGAAAGAAACGGAAGUAAGAAAUCUCUUAGAAUACACCUUAUACUGCAGCUCGAAUGCUGAACAUGUUUGGGCAGGUGUAGCAAUCUUAAUCCAUAACAAACUAAUUUAUGUAAGCUUUAAUCCAAUUUCCAGUCUCAUUUGCUGUCUUACCUUAAAUAUUGGUUACAAGAAAAUUCACCUGUUCAAUAUUUAUUCACCACAUAAUAAUAAAGUUUUUUACAUAGAGCUGGAAAAUAUCUUAAAAGAACUACCUCAUCGAGAUAGUAUCAUAUUAGCUGGCGAUUUCAAUGCCUCGGUUGGGAAGCCUAACAAUUCUACCUGCCUCGGGAACGCCACUCUAGUACAAAGUACGAACACUAAUGGCAAAAAACUAAUAGAAAUCUGUGAACACUUCAAUUUGAAAAUAGGAAAUACCUUCUUCAAUCAUCCUAACCAUCACACCAUGACCUACAAAAGCCCAUCUUUUGGCACUACCUCACAAAUUGAUUUCUUUGUAAUUUCCAACAAUAUAUUUAAGUGGGUGAAGGACAUCAAAGUCAUCAGCAAACUGAAUUUCACCUUAUUUACGGACCAUUACCCACUAAUGCGAGCUAAGGAUAAAAAAUACCAUUUUUCCAAACCGAAAUCAACAUAG